ACGAGUUUUGCACUAGACGCAGCCACAGGAUUUUGGAAGCUCUGGAGGACAGGACUCCCCGAUGCUUGUGAUGGGCGUUCGACAGACUAUCUAGAGCAUAUACAUGAGCUAGUGAGGAGGGAAGCUGUUCGGCAAAGCUACCAAUCCCUCCAUGUUCGUGCUGCUGCGUCUGCCCUUGUGGAGGAUCCCCUCAAUUGAACGUUCCAAUGCUAGCAGGGGAUUUGUUGUGCUUUAUGUUGAUGAGCAACAUUGAUUGCGACUUUGAAGAGCAAUGCCGGGGGCUAGAAGACCGCUUCUACUAAGGACCACCUCCGAGGUCCUGUCUCAAGUUGAGCGGUACGUUCAGGAUGCUGCAGACCGGGACGCCCUUCCACCAGCUGGGGACGAGGCUCACCGCAGGCAGCUGCCAGCUGCGCAACUCACAGCUGCAAUCAUGCAGGACACCAGUGCUGCGUUGGAGCUUGAGGCUGCAGCUGGGGCUUCUGCUAGCCUUGUCCCUGACCAUAAUGCCGUGAUUGGGCUCACUCUGGAGGUGUUGAGGGAAGCGGGGCUGUGUGGGGGCCAACUUGUGCAAGUUACUGCACUGGGCAGCCAGCAGACCCGUCUUGCCAGAGUCUGUGCCCUCAGUGUAGACCCUCAAGGGGCCUUUCACCCAGCAGGAGUUAGCCCUGAAGCCUGCCCUGCUGCCGGGGACGACCUUGGCGUGAGUAGAGAACGCCCGCAGACAGCAAAUGGCACUCAAUCUCACCGCUCUGCUUACUUGUCCCCCCUGCUAGCAUACAAUCUUGGCCUCCUCUUGCACCUGCGGCCCUAUCUAGGAAAGCAAGGGGCAAGCGAGGGCAGUCCCACCACCAGCUUGGGCCACUCAGAUUCAACUGCCCCAUCGCACGCACGCCAGACUGGUUCUGUUGGAACCGAUGCAGAUCUCCUUCUUCGGCCGUACAACCAAAGACCUCUGGGACCCCCAUCACAUGCUACUGCUACCGCGCACCGUGGGGUGUUUGCGCCGCUUGUGGCUUCGCACGCUCGCAUCUCUCAGAUUCGUGUCCCCACCUCCACGUUUCUGCGCCCAACUUCAGAACCGGGGAGCACAGACUCUGAAGCUGCAGUGGACUCCGCACUGGCGGAGUACUUCUCUGAGCCCCAGCUUCUUUGCCCAGGCGAUGUCUUUGUGGUCCAAGUGCGAGAGUCGAGUCCAACGGCCGAAGAGGCAACUGCCGAAGAGCUCAAUCCCUCGCGCACCUAUUCCAACGGGACAGUUGUAAGUUCGACUGGUCCUGGGGUGUCUUCUCCCGAAGCAGCGUCCCUAGGAGCAUCUCUUUCCCGACCAGUCUAUUUCAAGGUCGAGUCGCUGGAACCUGAGUCCGAGCGUUUCCUGGCCAUCCAGAGGGACCAAACUGCACUGGUCCUGGUCGGCAGCACGAAUCAUGCGCUGCCACCUAGCCUUGGUUCCGCCCGCAGGGCUGCGCCUCCCCUUGCGGUGUCCCCUGCUGUGGUCCAGGAUGUGGCUCGCCUCUUGGCCCCCAGCCUGCACCCUGCGGCGCGCGGGCUGCAGCUCAGGACGGCGGUGCUGCUGCUGGGCCCACCCGGGGUGGGGAAGAGGAGCGCAGCCAGAGCGGCGGCGGAGAGCCUGGGCAUUCACGUGGUGGAGUACAACUGCUACGACCUGGUCAACCAGUCGGAAGGCAAGGCCGCCUCCACGCUCGCAGCAGCUUUCGAGACGGCCAGCAACUACUCUCCAGCGAUUUUGUUGCUGAGACGAUUCGGAGCGUUCAGCCGCUUUGGGGGAGCGGUUGGCACCAGCAUGGAAACAGGUCAGCCUACGGGCAGGGGCGACUCCGGCCCGUCCCUGCUGGCGGAGGCUCUGCGCUUUUGCGUCAAAAGGUACGCGGCAGCUGCGGCCCACCAAGAGGACGACGACUCGGAAGACGAGUCGAGUGGCACCGAUACUUUGUCCGACUCCGACUCCUCACUUGGCGAUGCUGGUUCCGACGACCUGUCAGACGACGGGAGCGACGAAGAAACUCGGUCUGAAGCGGACCGGCGGGCUGGAAACGGGCGGGCUGGCUUCUCGGGGAGAGGAAGCAGGGCCCCGGGGCCUUUGCCGAGCGCUCGAAGGAACCGGGGAGCCGGGGGAAGCGCGACACGGCUGGUGAUCGUUGUUGCAGCCGCCGAGUCGGCCGAUGACGUCAGCACGUCUCUGCGGCGGUGCUUCACUCACGAGAUCGUGCUGGAGCCCCCGGACGAGGGCACACGGGGCCGCAUCCUGCGCCAUGCGCUGGGCCUGCCAGCGGCAGACGCGGAGAGCGGUGGAGGCGAUGCUGCCGGGGACCCGCGAGGCAAGCUGCUGGCUAGUGUACAGUCGAUCGCGCUGCAGACGGUGGGGGCCGUGCCCCGAGACCUCAGAGCGAUUGCCGCAGAUGCAGGGGUGGGGGCUGUCAUGCGGCAAAACGGAAGACUUCCAGGGGGAUCACGCAGGUCCGAGCUGACGCCAAUAGGGGAGACUGCGGCCGCGGAUCUCACACGGAAAGAAAGGACGGCCGAGGGCGGGGAUGCUGACGUGGCAGUGACAGCGGAGGAUUUGGAGGGCGCGUUUGGGCGGACCAAGUCACGGACAGCGUCGGCGAUCGGCACUCCCAAGGUGCCGAACGUGUCGUGGUCGGACGUGGGCGGGCUGGAGGACGUGAAGGCGGCGAUCCUGGACACGGUGCAGCUGCCGCUGCGGCACCGCGAACUGUUCGCGUCGGGGCUGCGGCAGCGGUCGGGCGUGCUGCUGUACGGGCCCCCGGGGACGGGCAAGACGCUGCUGGCCAAGGCCGUCGCCACCGAGUGCAGCCUCAACUUCCUCAGCGUCAAGGGGCCCGAGCUGAUCAACAUGUACAUCGGCGAGAGCGAGAAGAACGUGCGCGACGUCUUUGCCAAGGCCCGCGCCGCGCGGCCGUGCGUGGUGUUCUUCGACGAAUUGGACGCACUGGCGCCCGCGCGUGGGGCCGCGGGCGACUCGGGGGGCGUCAUGGAUCGGGUGGUCAGCCAGAUGCUGGCCGAAAUCGAUGGAGCGCAGGGCGGCCAGGACCUGUUCAUCAUCGGUGCGAGCAACCGGCCGGACCUGAUCGACCCCGCGCUGCUGCGGCCCGGCCGCUUCGACAAGCUGCUCUACGUCGGCAUCUCCGCAGACGUCGAGUACCGCGUCAGGGUGCUGGAGGCGCUGACCCGCAAGUUCCAGAUGGCCGCCACUGUCUCGUUGGCAGCCGUCGCGCAGCGCUGCCCCCCCACCUUCACGGGCGCCGACUUCUACGCCCUCUGCGCGGAUGCCUGGCUCUUCGCGCUGAAACGAAAGGUUGCUACCGGGCAGGUGCAGCCGGAGAGCAAGGCGACCAGGUCGAGCGACGGGGGGAAAGAGGGCGUGGCCCCUCCGGUCAUCGAGGUGGCAUCAGAGGAUUUCCUGCAGGCGCUGGGCCAGUUGACGCCGUCGCUGUCCCAAGUGGAGCUGGACCGCUACACACGGCUGAGGAAUCAGUUCGAGGGGCAGAAGAACUCGGCUUCAAGGGGGUGAAGUCAUGCGAACACAAGAAUUGGCUGCACAAACGAGAAACGGUGAACCAACGCGUCCCUACGCCGCGUGAUUCAAAGUGCAAGGUCUUUGACGUUGGUAGAUCAAGCGCAACGUUGCACCAGCGACAUGUUCAGCCCGUUCACAUCGAUGUACCGCGUACGAUAGUUAGACUCCGAACGUGCACGCAAAAUGGUUCGAGUCAAGCCCGCGCAUGUAUAGCAGUGGAGUGCGUUUAUACUCUUACUUUAUUGUAGCAGGUGGUCCGGAAAUCAGUGCAUGCUGGAGUGUUUAGUCCAUAUCAAAAUUUGAAUGACUUGUGCAUGCCCGGU